UAUAAAUUAAUUAUAUUUAUAAAUUAUGUUGACUGACUGCAUUGAUAUGUCGACGUAAUCAAAGGAACAGCAAAACUAACCUUCAAAUAUCCCUUAUUUUAUGUAUAAUUUCCCAACUACCUCUUUAAUGGACUUCCAAAACACUUCUAUUCCAUAACUUCAGGUGAGGAAUUCAAGUAAACUUUUUAAAAAUAUAUGUAGCUGAUUCUAUUUUUAAAGAUAACUUGUAAAUUCCUUCAUUUUUGUAAGGAAUUUCUGUGCCGAGCUUCCAAUUCAACAAUUCCAAUUAGUUUUGUGGAAAUGAAUAAAAACCAUUAUAUAUGCCACCAGUUGCAAAUGCUUUGGCAUAGUUUUUAAAUGAUUAAUCCACUUACAAAUUAAAACAAGAAUCUAAGAAAAAUAGAAUAAUUAUUGGGACAUAGGCACUGUGUGAUAUCGAAAUAAUUCUUAUAUAAAGAUAUUUUGAUAUUAAAAAUUAAGUAUUUAUCUAUAAAAUCUUAGUUAUUUUGCCCACCAAAUAUUAAAUAUACUUUGAAUGAGGAUAAAUCCAUCUCAAAUAUUAUAUGGCUAAAAGAUAGAAUAAAAAAUAGAUACAAAAAGCCUGUAAUAAUAGAAUUAUAUAUUUUAAGAUCAAAGACUCUAUGUUUGAUAUGAUUAAUAUUAUUGGUGAGAUGGAUGAAGAAGAGCUUCGUCAAAUAAAUUAUUUCCAAUAGUUUUAAAGUCAAGGAUUCGAUAAUCUUGAGAAAUAGGUACCAAAAUCAGUGAAAUAAGAGAAGCCAUUUUCUGAGAUGAUGCUUGAAAUUUAAAUUCUAAUUGGUUAGUUUUUAUUGAGAAAAUUUUGA